CCCCCCGCCUCCCCCCUUAUGCUAAUGAUAUGCAAAUGAGCAGGAAGGCGCAGGAGAGCCAGAAGGAGAUGAAGCUGCUGCUGGACAUGUACAAGUCGGCGCCCAAGGAGCAGCGCGACAAGGUGCAGCUGAUGGCGGCCGAGAGGAAGAGCAAGGCCGAGGCCGAGGAGCUGCGGGGCCGGGCGCGGGAGCUGGAGGAGCGGGAGCGGCGCGAGAGCAAGAAGCUGGCGGACGAGGAGGCGCUGAGGAGGCUGCGGCAGGCCGAGGAGCAGAUCGAGCACCUGCAGCGCAAGCUGGCCGCCACCAAGCAGGUGGGCGGGGCCUGGGGCGGGAAGGCGCAGGAGAGCCAGAAGGAGAUGAAGCUGCUGCUGGACAUGUACAAGUCGGCGCCCAAGGAGCAGCGCGACAAGGUGCAGCUGAUGGCGGCCGAGAGGAAGAGCAAGGCCGAG